AUGGCGGCAGUGGCCUCCGACACUAUGUCCGCCCCCGCUCUUUCCCCGUCGCCGACUCUUUCCAUGGAACGUUCGCCUUCCAGACGCGUCGCCGAUGCUCCGUCCUCCGACAACUCCUCUCCUUCCGGCACGCCGGAUCGCUCCUCCCAACUCGAUCGCUCGCCAUCCGCUUCUAGGCAACUUGAUUUUCAGAAUCAAUCAGCCUUGAGAAGUAAAGAGUAUCGGCAACUGUUUGGUCUUCCGGAAGAUGAAGUCCAUAUUCAAGAUUUCAACUGUGCGCUACAAGAGAAUAUGCUUUUACAGGGGCAUAUGUACCUAUUUUCAAAUUACAUUUGCUUCUAUGCCAACUUUCUCAGUUUUGAGACGAAGAAAGUGAUUCCAUUUCAUGAAGUCACAUGUGUAAAAAGAGCAAAAGUAGCUGGUAUAUUCCCUACGGCUAUUGAAAUAUCUACGGAAGAAAAAAAGUUCUUCUUUGCAUCUUUCCUGUCACGGGAGGAAGCGUUUAAGCUUAUAAGUGAUGGUUGGUCUAAGAAAUGUAAGCAGGUCAACACAAUUACGGAUCAGCAGGAAGUCCAGUAUGGAAUAAACAGCCAAGAGAAUGACAGGGAUGCGGUUGAAGAGGUUGAAUGUUCUAGUCCAUCAAUGAAUGAUUCAGACAGAAAUACUGGUGGUGUUACAUCCGAAGAUCUUACAAUUCCAGAUGAAGCAGAUGGAGGAGUUUCGCCAGCAGUUGUUGGAUUGCUAGAUAAAGUGGAGGAGGUAGAAACUGUACAGAGUACAGCUUGUACAUCUUCUACAAAAUCAGUGGUAUGGGAGGAAGAGGACUGUGAUGCACCUGAGGUCCCAGCAAGCUUUACAAUGGUGGCAGAAUCAAAGUUUCCGAUAAAGGUGGAAGAGUUCUUUAAUUUCUUUUUCUCGGAUGAGGCUGUUGAUUUUCAGGAUUCUUUCCAUAUAAGAUGUGGAGACAAAGACUUUAAGUGCACAGAAUGGCAUCACGAUGGAAAGCAUGGACACACUCGUGAAGUAUCAUUUCAACAUCCUAUAAAACUUUAUCUUGGUGCUAAAUUUGGUGGCUGUCAGGAGGUUCAAAAAUAUCGAAUUUGUCGAAACAGCCAUUUGAUGGUCGAGACUUCACAAGAGAUUAAUGAUGUACCUUAUGGUGAUUAUUUUCGAGUUGAGGGGCUUUGGCAUGUGAAGAGAGACGAUCAUGGAUCAAAGGAGGGUUGUCUUUUAAGUGUGUAUACGAAUGUUAACUUCUCCAAGAAAACUAUUUUCAAAGGGAAAAUAGUUCAGUCAACGGUUGAUGAAUGUCGGGAUGCUUAUGCUACGUGGAUAGACCUUGCACAUGAACUAUUGAAGCAGAAGAAAGUACAAGAAGAAGUCUUGGUGCAAAAUGGUCAAGUUCCUCUGCAAAAAGAAGAGAUAUCUGUGAAACAAGUAGAAGAGUCAAGUGAAGCAUCUGGGUUGAGGUCAUUCCCAAGUUCGAAGUCUGGGAGGGAAGAUGAUGUCGAUACCUCAGGUGGAAGUGAAAGAGGAAGGAUUUUAGGGACUUCUCUGGUAAGGGAUCGGUUGGCAAAACUGUGCUCAUCAAUGAAAGUUCAAAGUCCGGUGUCCUUGUUUCUAGUUUUGGGAAUUGCUGUGAUUCUUCUCCUAAUGCAGAUAAGUAUACUGACAUUAUUGAGCAGACCUCAGCAAAUCCAAGUGAUUCCUCAGGCAGACUGGACAUAUGGAGUAAAUAGAGGCACAAUUGAAAGCGCAAGCGAUUUUGCUUUGUUAGAUAGGAAAAUUAAAAAUCUCAAGGAGGAGAUGCAUAUAUUUGAGUCUCUUCUGGAAAGGAUGCAGCAGGAACAUGCAUCACUGAAAUCACGAUUGUCAGAAUUAGAGCUGCUUAGACAACGUGAAAAUAGUCAAUCCGUGUAA